AUGAAUGAAUUACCAGACGAUUUAAUUUUAACUCCACAACCAUUGAUUGGUUUAGUUGGGUGUCAAAAUUUACAUUUUUAUAUUGAUAAAAACAUUUCAUUAAAGCCUUCUCUGGACUUUGAAAGAAUUCAUACACCAUCAACAAACUCACCAACAAUUACAGCAACAUCAUCACCAACACCUAUUACACCAAAUUUAUCAACAGCAAAUCCAACAGGUGGCAGUGGAUUAAUCAGUGGAGGUGGUAGCUACUCUUCAAGUCCAAUAGAUCCAUAUAGUGUAAAUAAUACAACAUUUCAAUUAAGCGAUCUUACAAUACAAUCUGACGAUAUUUGGAAAACUCCAACUAAAGGCAAUCCAUUAUUAACAGCAACAGUAAACAGUGGCUCACCAUCCAAUGGCUCCAAUUCAUCUUUAAGUAAUCUUGUACAACAGCAAUCACUAUUAACACCAGGACAACCACAGCAACUACAAAACCCAUCAAUUCAGCCAGUUAUAGUAGGUGGUUGGAGAGUUCAAUAUAACAAUCUUCCAAUUUUUAAAGUUUCAACAUUCGAACCAGGUUCAUUAUCCACCAAAAAAGAUAAAAAAUUAGAAUCUUAUAUUCCAAUGGGUAUUCUAAAGGCAAAUUGGAUCCAUAAGCAUAAAGCCUCUAUCCCAUCCGUAAUUUCAUUAUUUAUUCAAUGGCCAGAGGAUAAGAACCCAAAAUCACACGAUCAAAUAUUAGCCCAAAUCGAUUUAGUAAAAGGAAAUAUUAAAAGUAGAAAUAUUAAACUAAUGGUUGUAAUUGUAACUUCAGUAAAUUUGGAUAAUCAUGAUGAAAAAGUUGUAUUAGUAAGAAGAAGAGCAGAUGUCGAUCCAAAAUACUUUUUAUUUUUAAACAAACAGGAUCUUAAACCAUUUGUUAGAAAAUGGGAAAGAUUAGCAUUGGAAUUAUCAGAUCAAUACUAUAAAGAUUUAUGUCAAACUAUUAGAUCACAAAUUACUAGAACCAUUCAUCCAUUUUUAGCAAUUAGAUACCACUUUAAAAUAGCAUAUUAUUCAGAAUUUAGAAAUGAUAUACCAUCAACUUUAAAGUUCUACAAAGACAGCUAUAGUUUAUUAAAAGACUAUAAAAUAAAUAAUGAUAAUAAAGGUAUUAGGUUUGCAGAGGUUAGAAAUUUAGCAUCAUUUUUUAAUUUUAAAAUUUGUAAAAUAUCAUUAUGGAACAAUUUAAUCCAUGAAUCACUUCAACAAUUUGAAAAACAUUCAAAGCUCUAUAGAAUAUAUAUGGGUCCAGGUGAAAAAGAAUUUACUCACAGUAUUUGGUUAGCAAGAGAAUAUCAAAUUUUUGCAGAGUUAUUAGAAAUGUGUCCAAACACAAACAAAUCAACAUUUAUAACAAAUCCAGGGUUCUAUUACCAAAUCUCAGCAAAACACUUAUCAUCAAGAAGAGAAAAUUUCAAAGCACUCUCUGAUCAUUUCAAGACAUCACCAAAAGUUUUGAAAUUUAGAGACAGUAAACAACGUUAUGAUCUUACCAAUCUUCAUUAUAUUGGCCAACCACCACCAGAUCUCUCACAUCCAUUAGAGUUACAAUCUGGCAACACUGAAACUCAUGAUGAAUUAGUUAUAGCUGCCGAUGAAGAUGAUUUCAAUAAGAGUGUAGCAGCAGAGUUAUCAUUAAAUUACACUACACUCAUUAUAGAUCAAUUAAACAAAGCAUAUGACCAAUCUACAGUCAGUGGUAAUCAUCGUAUUCUCUCCUAUAUCGAAUCUCAAAUUGCCUAUGAAUACUUUACUUCAAAACAAUACGAUUUAGCUCUCAAAUACUACAGCAAGAACGCAUUCACCUAUCGUCGUGAAAAAUGGACUACUCUUUUGACCCAUAGUUUAUCAAUGCUCUUAAAAUCAGUUCACUUAUUAAAUUUACCAACUAAUUUUAUUGGAUAUGCUUUAGACUAUCUCUCACCCGAAUUAAACAAUACUCCAAGUGAUCGUUCAAAUAUUCAAAAAAAUAUUCAAUCCAUUCUUUAUGAACCAAAUAAAUUAUCACCACCACUUUCACUAUCAGCUCCAUUGGACAUUAAUAUGGAUCACACACAUCCACUAAUCAAUUGUAGAGUUCAAUUCCCUCAAUCAUUUACAUUCACACACAGUACCACCGAAUUUUAUGUUGUAAUUGGCUCACAUUUCCCAAAUCCAAUUGGUUUCAGUUCAUUAAAAGUUUUAUUCUCCGAGAAAUCUUAUAACAAAACCUUAACUGAUAACAACAGUAGUGUAGCUAAUAAAGGCCAAUAUAGUGUAUCAAAUAUUCAAAAAGAUAAAGAACGUUCAGAUUUAAUUUUCUUACCUGAUGAAUCUAGAUUAUUUUCAUUCAAAUUAAAUACAAAAGAAAAAAUGGAAUUAGAAUGUUUAUCUGUAAUUUUAGAAAUGGGUGAGGGUAAUUCAAAAAUUAAUUUUAUUUGGAAUGUUCAAGACUGGGCAAUUAAAUCUGAUGAAACUGAAAACGAAGAGUUAACAAAUAUACAACCAACACCAAAUAAUAGUAAUAAUAAAUCAAACAAUAACAAUGUAACAACAGUUAACGAAAAUGAAAAACCAGAUCCAUAUAAAAAGUUUUUAGAAAGAUCAUCAAUAAGAAUUUUAGAUCACGAAUCUUUAAUCCAAAUAAAAUGUAACCAUAAUUCUCCAGCCAUAGUUAAUGAAUUUUAUGAAAUUGAAUUAGAAAUUGUAAAUAAUGAUAAAGAAAUUAAAAAAGGUUCAAUAACAUUCGAAAUUAAUCAACAAAAUCAAUUUGAAAAAGGAAUUUAUUUAUCACCAGAUAGAACACAGCCACUUUCCCAAUUAGAUUUAGAAAGAAUUUUAGAGAAAAAGAGUUUUAAAAAGAAAUUUUAUAUAUAUUCAAGUGCAGUAGAUGAAAAUAAACUUUUAAUCAAUAUUAGUUACGAAACAAAGACAGGCGAAAUCUCCCAUACCUCAAAAAUGUUUAUUAUACCGGUUCAAAUUGGUUUCAAUACUCAAUUCCAAUUCUUUAACGAUCACUUCCAAUUAAUCUCUGAUCUUUACGAUACUGGUGUACCAACUCGUGAGCAACUAUUGCUCCUUUGCGAUAUUAGAUCCAAUUUACCAUACAAUGUUAUCAUUGAAAAGACAAGUUUACAAAUUUCUUCCUUUGCUGAAUCUGCUCGUAACUCAAGUCUUCUCAGUCCAAACUUAACUUUAACCGAUGAAACUAUUGCAAAUAUGCCUGUUGCUGAAUUAAAUUCAAAUUCGAAUAACACAAUUACCUCUGUUGAACUUUCAAAAGAUAAUAAUCAUAGCAGUUGGUUCAAUUUAGUUCCAUUACUUAUUAGCGAAUCGAUUAGUUUUGGUAAUUUCGUUAUUGAAUGGAAGAGAAAAGGUGCAAAUGUGAAUCAAAUCUCCAUAUUACCCAUCGCAUUACCACACGUUCGUACAACAUCAAACUCUUUUAUAACCAAUGUCGAAGUUGCACAAUUUGGUGUCGUUGGUGUACCAUUUAUCCAAACUAUAACCAUUCAAAAUAAUACACACUUUUUACAAGAGUUCGAAUUGGUCGUUAUUAACUCACCAUCUUACGGUAACUCUGAUAUGCCAUUCUUUUUCUCUGGUGAUAAGCAAUCGUCAUUUUCCAUUCAUCCAGAUUCAACUCACGAAAUUAAACAUGUUUUAUUACCUUUAGUAGCUGGAAAAUUAAUUUUACCACACUUCAAAAUCAUUUCAAAAAGAUUUAACAAGGAAUUGGCAAAAACAAAAAAUGUUAAUAGUUUUAUUUUUAUAAAACCAAAUUUAGAAUGGAUUAGUCAAAAUCAAUAA